CCCACUCAUUCGUUCCCUUCGUCCCUCUUUCUGUGAUUAUAUUCGGUGUCAAUCGCAAAGAUGAUGUUCAAGCCCUCAUCGCCGCUCUUCUCGGGUCUUCUUUGGUAGGUCGCAAUCCAAUCUGACUGCCCCUGUCACCCGCCCGGAUAUCCCGCAUUGCUACAACCACCCCCCCCCCAUCAUCAUCAUCAUGAUGCGCCGUGAAGCUAAUAUCACUUGUCAAUCGAAUAGGAAGAUUCCGUGGCGCCUCUCCCAGCCCCAGAAGGCUCGCCAGAGGAAGCGCCUCCGUGGCGUUGACCGGGUUGUCGACACUGUCUCCGCCGCGCUGGAGCGCAAUGGAUACACCACCAAGGCCGUCGACCGCUGGUACAGGGAAAUGCCUCGCGAGGAGGAGAUGCUGCCCAAGGACAAGUACACACUGUUUGACAAGAAGGAGAAGAAGUACCGCAAGGGCAUUCACAGUACGUUACACACUAGGCCCAUUUAAGUCGAUGGGCUGCCAUUCCCAGAGGGACUCAAACGAAGGGGAUUCUGUUCGAAGUUCGUGUGCUAAUGCUAUUUUUCUUCCAGAGCUACCGAAGUGGACCCGUGUCAGCCAGAGAGUGAACCCCCCUGGUUUCUAAACAGCUUAUACACGCAGAGUGUGUUGGGAAGCUGGCAAUCGCCUUUUACAUAUUUG